CUGAAGUCCAACAGUUCAUGCGUGUCAAACAUUAACUCAGACAAAUGCGUGUUGCAACUCCUGCAACUUCAUAUAGACACAAAUCUACAAACAACACGAGAGAAUAAUGGCGACAACACGGUCUCUGCAUAUCCUCAACAGACAGCAGCAUUUCUUUAACAAGGUGCAUUCAACAUGGCUGGCCAGAGGUUCUGCGAAUAAAAGUGAUGAAGGCUGGUUGAGUUCCAUGUUUGCACACAAAGUGGAUGCCAGGAAAGAUGCCCACUCCAAUCUGCUCUCCAAGAAAGAAACCAGCAACCUCUACAAGAUUCAGUUUCACAAUGUCAAGCCAGAGUGCAUGAAGGCAUACAAUAAAAUGUCGGAUGAGGUACAGAAAGAACUUCAUCGUGAUGCAAGUUAUCCAUGUGAAGUCAUUGGAAGCUGGAACACCUGGUAUGGUGAACAGGAUCAAGCAGUGCAUCUCUGGAGGUAUUCUGGUGGGUAUCCUGCUCUAACAGAGUGUUUGAGCAAACUCAACCGCAAUACGGCGUAUCUUGCAUUUCGAAAAGAGAGGAGUAAAAUGUUGAUCUCCCGACGCAACCAGCUUCUUCUGGAGUUUAGUUUCUGGAACGAGCCUGUGCCCAGAAGCGGCCCCAACAUUUAUGAACUGAGAACAUACCAACUAGUACCUGGAACAAUGAUCGAAUGGGGAAAUCACUGGGCUCGAGCUAUCAAAUAUAGACAGGAAAACAAUGAAGCAGUGGGCGGCUUCUUCACACAGAUCGGUGAAUUGUAUGUUGUUCAUCAUUUAUGGGCCUAUAAAGACCUGCAGUCCAGAGAAGAGACCAGAAAUGCUGCUUGGUUAAAAGAGGGCUGGGAUGCCAAUGUGCACUAUACAAUGCCUCUUAUCCAAAAGAUUGAAUCGAGAAUUAUGAUUCCCAUGGAACAUUCACCUCUGCAGUAAAAUCAACAGUGUUUCACCUGUGAUGAUACCUAAGACACUAUCCACCAGGAGAUCUACUGUUUAGAUCUGACUUUACUCAAACACAUCUGAAGCAGAUGAUCAAGGUCUUCAGGUACUCUUGAAGUAGACGGGCAGUUGUGUUAGAGUAGAACUGCUCCUAAAGUCUGCAAGAAGGCAAAACUGUGCCAGUG